GGUAAGAGGCACAGGAAGAGUGUGACAGCGGGCGUGCACAGUAAAGCCAAUUCGAUGUGUUGUUUGGAUUGAGUGUUUUCUGGUUAUACUGUGUCCCUGCCAUGGAUCCAGGGCUCCCUGCCUUACCCACUGCCCAGCCAGCUGGGGGUCUGCAUCUCCCUCUCAAUGACAGUGAGCAGAAAUACUACUCAGAGGUUUUCUCCUUGUGCCAGGUGGAAGGAUCUGCAAGACUGGCAGCUGGCAGCAGCAAAGUGGGCGAGCUGUUCAGGGCAUCCCAGCUGCCUCCAGAUACAUUGCACCAGAUCAUAGAGCUUUGUGGUGCAAAACAUGUGGGUUACUUUGGUCCAGCCCAGUUUUUUAUUGCUUUGAAAUUAAUUGCUGCAGUGCAGGCUGGCCUCCCUUUGCGACUGGAGAGCAUUAAAUGCGAUUUGCCUCUCCCUCGGUUCUUUUCUAUGAAAAGUGAGAGUGAAAUGAAAUAUGGAAAUUCACCACAAAAUAUUGAAGCUCAAGGGUCACAACUUACAAUAACGGAAACAGUUCCUCUUAAGGGCAUUGAUGAAGGAGACAAGCAGUCAGAUGGCAAGACCUGUGUGGUGUUACCUCAAAAAUCACCUUCUGCAUCACCCCAAAACUAUGGACAUGGGACAGGUGUAGGCAGUGCUGACCAACCCAAUGCUGCAGCAUACGAGACUAGACAACCUGCGCUACUUCAGCAGGAUGGACAGUUGGCUCUGAACUAUGGAAACCAACCUGCACCUCUGCAGUCUUCGCUUAGCCGGUCUUUCUCAGUUGAAAGAGAGGUGCAGGACAGUUCCAGUAAUUACUCUGAUGACCCCUGGAGGAUAACAGAGGAGCAGCGGGAGUAUUAUACUAACCAAUUUAAAACUCUGCAGUCAGAUCUGAAAUCCUUAAUUUCUGGUUCUGUUGCAAAGAAUUUCUUUACAAAAUCCAAGCUUCCCAUUUCAGAACUUUCACAUAUUUGGGAUCUCAGUGAUGUAGAUUGUGAUGGAGCCCUGACCCUGUCUGAGUUUUGUGCUGCCUUCCAUCUUAUCGUUGCAAGGAAGAAUGGCUAUGAGCUGCCAGACACACUGCCUCAGAUGCUGUUGUCUGAAAUCGUUCCUUCAGCAUCUUUGAAGCUCACUUUCGAUGGUGUACAUGAAGCUUAUCGUGGAACAACCACAGUUUUCCAGAGCAGGAAAGAGCUUGAAACCGUCUGUGAGGAUCCUGCCAACUCCGAGCCUCUCAUUCUCUUUGAUGUGGAAACCAGUAAUACUGAGCCAAAGACCUCCACAGAAGCAACACCAGACCACAAUGCACUGAAAUCAGAUUCGAAACAAGAUGACAACCAAGUUGUAAAUGUAAACCCAAUAGUCCAUACUGUUCCAGUGGAGCCAAAGGGAUUCCAGACAUUCAAAUCCACUGUACGGCAGGACUUACACACACCUAGAACAAGACCAAGAUCGAGAUCAUAUUCCAGCACGUCAGCAGAGGAAACAAUGCAGAAGGUAGAAGAUCCACCAACUCCACCCCCGAGGCCACAGAAAACUCAUUCUAGAGCUUCCUCUCUCGAUCUGAAUAGAAUCCUUCAGCACAGCUCUCCAGCUGCUCGGGCUGGAUGGAUUCAAGCACCCCCACCUGCUCUUCCACCAAGACCAUGUGUGUCACAGACUGAGCGCGUAGCAGAGCUUGAAUUACAUCCACAGACAAAUAAAAUCCUGCCGCAGACAGAAGAGAGCAGCCCUGCCAAAAAAGAAAUCUUGCUUCACCAGCCACCCACCAAACCACUAAGACGGAAAUUCCAUGCAGAAAGUCAAGUAUUAGAAAACCACGAAUUAUCAUCUGCAUCCAGUGUGACCUCAUCAUCUGCGGCAUCUCUAAAGUCCCAUCCUGCAACUCAAAGGCACCCUUCCAAGCAGAAAAAAGCUAUCCAGACAGCCAUCCGGAAAAAUAAAGAGGCUAAUGCUGUGCUCGCCAGGUUGAAUAGUGAACUCCAGCAGCAAUUGAAGGAAGUUCACCAGGAAAGGAUUGCCUUGGAAAAUCAGCUAGAGCAGCUCCGGCCUGUUACUGUGUUAUGACCUCCAGCCCUCCAGAGGAAGUAACUCGCCCAGAGAAACGUUAUCACAAUUAAUAUUACUAUUAUUAUGGUGCUGAAAGCUGUAUAUAUUGGAUCGAGACCAUGGAUUGUAUUCUAUUACUAGUUUUACAAAGAUGCAAAAAAAAUAAAAAAUCUUAUCAAUUAAAGUCUGUGUAACGCGGUA